GUGUCGUCCAAUGACGCUGUUUGUGCCGUCCCAUCAGGCUUCCUUUUCCAAGCACUUUUAGCACGCCACGUCUAGAGCUGCAGGCUGCAGCUGCCCACUAUACAAACGGUGGCGGCCUUGCCAAGAAAGCACCAUCGCUCCAGUUCGCGCUCAUGGCCCCCACUGCUGUGGAUCCCGGUCCCAGCGACCACCUUCUAGCGCCGGCGCCGGCUGCCAUGGCUGGAGGAGGGGAUGGCGGUGAUGGACAGAUGGAGGUGGUGUUCAAUGUGAGCAGCAGCGACACCGACUCCGAUGACCUCGGCGCCGGUGGUGGAAAGAGGUCGCGGCCCGUGGCGGGGCAAGGUGGUGGCAGGGAUCGAGAGGACAAGAAGGCCAGAAUCUUGGCCGCUGCCGCCACGGUCCCAGCCGGAUUCCUAGAGCCGCUUUCGCCGGUGAGGUUACUCCCCCCGCCGGCGCCGGGAAGGAGCGUGACGAAGCAGUUCUGGAAGGCCGGAGACUACGUCGGCAAGCCGGAUCACCUGCUUGCCGUAGUGGCGGCUCAGCAUUCUGAUUCUGGAAUGGAUCACGUUCGUGUGCAUCCCAAAUUUCUACAUUCCAACGCGACAAGCCACAAGUGGGCACUAGGAGCUUUCGCCGAGCUGCUUGACAACUCUCUUGAUGAAGUUGUGCAUGGAGCGACAUAUGUGAACAUUGACAUGAUAGAAAGUAAGAAGGAUGGAACUCCAAUGCUGCUUGUUCAAGACAAUGGUGGGGGGAUGAACCCAGAUAAGAUGCGUCAUUGUAUGUCCUUGGGUUAUUCUGCGAAGAGCAAAGUCAAGAAUACCAUUGGACAAUAUGGAAAUGGUUUUAAGACAAGUACGAUGAGACUUGGAGCUGAUGUCUUAGUGUUUUCAUGUAGUCGUGGUAUUGAAGGAACAAGGCCUACACAAAGCGUUGGGAUGCUAUCAUACACCUUCCUAAGGAGCACCAACAGAGAUGAUAUCAUUGUUCCUAUGAUUGACUAUGAAAAAGAGAAUGAAUGGAAAAGGAAGGCACGGACAACAUUGACUGAUUGGUGUAUGAGCUUAGAAACAAUAAUACAAUGGUCUCCUUAUUCCACAGAAGCAGAACUUAUUCAGGAGUUUGGCUCAAUAGGGGAACAAGGAACUCGAAUUAUCAUAUACAAUCUGUGGGAGGAUGAUGAAGGAGAGCUGGAGCUUGAUUUUGAUGCUGACGCAAAUGAUAUUCAGAUUAGAGGUGUUAACAGAGAUCAGAACAAGAUCAAGAAGGCAAAUCAGUUUCCAAACUCCAAACACUUCUUUACUUAUAGACAUUCUCUAAGGAGUUAUGCAUCAAUUUUAUAUCUUAUGCUCCCGGAUAACUUCCAAAUGAUUUUACGGGGAAAAAAGAUUGACCACCAUAACAUUAUCAAUGAUCUCAUGCUAAAGAAGCAACUUACUUAUAAUCCAACAGUGGGCGAUGGACUUCCAAAGGAUAUGCAUGUGGCAGCUAAGGUGACAAUUGGUUUUGUUAAGGAUGCGAGACAACAUAUUGAUAUUCAAGGGUUUAAUGUUUACCACAAGAAUCGCCUAAUAAAGCCUUUUUGGAGAGUAUGGACUUCUGCUGGAGUUGCUGGCCGUGGUAUCAUAGGUGUACUGGAAGUAAAUUUUGUAGAACCAGCUCAUGACAAGCAGGACUUUGAACGCACAAAUUGCCUUGCAAGACUCGAAGCACGAUUAAACCGAAUGCAGAAGAAAUAUUGGUCUGAUAAUCGCCAUCGAAUUGGCUAUGGAACCAAUGAUGCUAGCACAGAUUCUGUAAAAAGGAAAACAGGACUGUCGUUGCGUCCAUUUGGCCAAGGUUCCUGGAAGUCAGGGUAUCUGCAAACGAUCAGAAGUGAUGGCAGAUCAUGUUCUAAUACAACAAAUAAUAUUAUGAAUGCAAGCAUGUCAUCCCCAGAAACUUCCAAGCUUAGUGGUCCCAAUAGAGAGUUCUCUUCAACAACAGUGUGCCAGCACAGAGCUGAAAAGUCUGCAAAUACCAUAAGAUCUGAAAGAUCAGUUUUGCAUGGCUUGUCAAAUACAGAUGGUGGAAAGACUGAGACUGCCAACGCCCCAUCCAAAUCAACUUCCCCUAUCCUAAGGACUAGUUUGCCACCAACUCCCAAUGAAGGAAAACGAAGUGAGAGGAUUGCUGCCAAAUACCAAUCGAAGCAAGUAAAUGCAACAACUAAUGGAGACAGGGAAUCCAUUGUUGACCCUGAAGCUAUCAUCAAGAAGUUGAAGGAAGAAAAUUCAUCGCUAAAGGAGAGAAUCUUGAUGGUGCAGGAAUCAUUAUCAAGGGAACUGCAAAUCGAGCGGGAUAAGAACAAGUCUCUGACCGAGAGGUUUGAGGAUGUGGAGAGGCAACUCGAGUUGGCAAUUAAAGAGCAAGAAGCAACGGUAGAACUCUUUGCAGAAGAAAGGAAGUGCCACGACCAAGAGGUGGAAAACCUGAAGCGGAAGCUCACGGAGGCCUCUUCCACCAUUCAGGAUCUGAUGGAGCAGCUCAAUGCUGCCCGGAACUGCUGCAAGAGAUGAAGCAGCAGACGAAGCAACUUCACCCCCCAGUAAUACGUUAGUACGUGUAUGUCACCAGCAUGCUCUUAGCAUAAAUAAUGCCCAGAUGGUUGUGGAGCUGUUAGCAGUAGCAGACCAGAAUGCUCUAUGUAUGUUUCACGUCCUGUUGUUAGAUGUGUGGUAGCAAGUGUAAGAUGAUUGAAUGAGACUAACGUGAUGAAUUCCCUAGGCCCUCAUGGUUCCUGAUUUAGUGUAAUAAUAAUUAGAGAGGAUAUUGAGAGUGAA